UGUAGGAAAUGUCAUAUGACUUUUGAUCAGCUACAUUAGCAGUUAUUUUCAGCGCCCAUAAGACAGUCACAUGAGUGGAUUAUUCAGCUUUCGCUUGUUGACAAAAUGCAGCAGCCUGCAACCGGGCGCUAAAUCUAUAAACCCGUGUUGCUGCACCGCGUGGUAAUAAAUGCCCUUCGUAAGUAAAUCCACAUGACUGUUGUAUCAGCUCGUUUGCGCGCGCACUAUGACGACGGUCACGUGCACACGGACAGAACAUCAUGGCUUCUAUCAGUACAGAAGAAGCAAAUAAUGUCGCCUGCCAGGAACUAAAGUCCUCUCUAAGACAGUUCACGUGAAUUUAAUUUCCGUGUAGAUUUCAAUGCAUGCCUGCAUGGGUGAGUUAGCGGUGAGAGGCUAUGGGAGCUGACAUGACGGAGACAACUGUUACACACAACAGUUUGUGAGUGUGUCUGACUACAGAGAUAUUCAAUGUUCGGCGAUGCUCACUGUUCCACCCAUUUAUGAGCUUCUCAUGGAGGAAUAGGAGAGUGCUUAUGUUCCUUUCAUAGAGGAGCAAUACAAACCUUUGGCAUCAAGACUUUGGCUUAUACUGCUUAAACCUUGAGUAGGUUGUCAUGGAGUGGCUGGCCUCAGCUUUAGAGCGGGACCUUGGAGUGGACCAGCGGCAGCUUGGACCAGGAACACGACCCCAUGAGCUAGUGGCACUGGUUUCAACCCGCUGGAUUAUGGGACUUCGAGAAAGGAGAGUAACCCGUUGUGCUCGUUACGAUUGUAGUAGUGAUGGAGAUAUCCGUACUCUCCUCCAGCGCUCUCAGGUAAAGUUACCACCUGGAUGGACUCGUGUUUGCAUCCAAGGUCUAAGGAAAAGCAAGUUGGGGUAUAGGAUUGCUCAGGAGUCUGGCUGGAAUGGGGAGUUCUUCUCCCAGAACUCUUUCAUGAGACAGAUGCAGGAAGUGUCAGAGUGCAACAUCAGGAAUCUGUGGAAAGAGGCAUAUAUGAAACAUGUGCAGCCAUAUGCAAAUACAUCAGACCAAACACAGGUGUUGGCCAUUGAUGCGGUUCACAGAGCUUUGCAAAAGCUGUUUAACUGUACAUUUAUUUCCACUGAAAGGUUGUCACCGUCCCUCUCUCCAGCUAGAGAGAAGGAAAAAGAGUGUCCUCCAUUUAGUUCUUCAGCCCUCAAGCAAAACACAGAAACUCUGUGUCCAAAUGUGGUCCCAGCUGAAUGCUUGCUUGAGUCAGGGGAGGUGCUGUACAUCAUUCUCCCAUAUACACAAUACUCCCUUCAUGACAUUGUCACCUACAGUCCAGCUAAGCUUGCCAACAGCAGUGCUAAAGUAUUGUUCAUUUUGUACCAAGUUCUCAUAGCUAUGCGUGAAUGCCAUGCAUCAGGACUGUCAUGUGGAGAGCUCUUGUUGCAGGACAUAGCUGUUAAUGAGCAGCUUUGCAGUCGUCUCAAAAUAUCCCUAGCACAUUAUGAAAAAAAUGAGGAGGACAGCAAUACUGCGGAACAUGCAGUGAGAAGGCAAAGGCCAACAACUGAUGAUAAAGCAGCUAAGAAUGUAAGAAGUGACCUCGGUGAAGAGCAUUGCCAGGAUUGCCAGGAUUAUCUCAAAUCUUUGGCCCUAGACUGGGUUCAUGGUAGAGUCAGCAACUUCUGUUAUUUGAUGGAACUCAACAGAUUGGCUGGAAGACGUGAAGGUGACCCCAACUAUCACCCAGUUUUACCCUGGGUGGUAGAUUUCACUGUACCAUAUGGAAGAUUUCGUGAUCUCAGGAGGUCAAAGUUUCGUCUAAACAAGGGUGAUAAACAACUGGAUUUCACUUAUGAAAUGACCAAAGAAGCUCUUGUAGCAGCAACUAAUGGAGGUACUGGAGGCCACUUUCCUUCUGAUCUUGGUGCAUCAGUUGGUCCUAGUGGUUCAGGACAUGCAGAUCAUCUCCAUGUUCCCCAUCAUAUUUCAGAUGUUCUAUCAGACAUUACCUACUAUGUCUACAAGGCUAGACAAACACCCAAAUCAGUACUUUGUAGCCAUGUUCGUUCUCAAUGGGAGCCCAAUGAAUACCCAGCUAGCAUGGAACGUAUUCAGAGUUGGACACCAGAUGAAUGCAUACCAGAAUUCUAUACAGAUCCUUUGAUAUUUCGGUCCAUUCACCCAGACAUGCCAGAUCUUGAGGUACCUCCAUGGUGUAGCUCCUAUGAGGAGUUUAUUGCAGUGCACAGGCGGCUUUUAGACAGUCGUGAAGUUUCCCAGUACUUGCACCACUGGAUUGACCUAACUUUUGGUUAUAAGCUGACAGGAAAAGAAGCAGUGAAAGCCAAGAAUGUUUGCUUACAUUUGGUGGAUAACCAUACCCACCUGACCAGCUAUGGAGUUGUUCAACUGUUUGACCAACCUCACCCACCCUGCCUUGCACCUUAUCAGUAUUCACCAGCAGAGCCUCCCCACCUUGAUCCUAUCAGAGUGUCAGCAUGGCAAAUCCCACCUCUUGAAACUACAGUAGAUGUGGAUAGAACGGUCCCAGAGGCAACAGGGUGUGAAUCUAGUGGUUGGACCAUGGUUGAUAGGGAUGAAGAGCUUGAGCAAGGAACAGAGGCUCUUGAUUCCUUAAGUGCUAUUGUUUCGGCCUCAACCUCUAUGCCAGUACCUAUUGUGAGCUCUUCAGGAGGGAAGACAAUUGGGGACCAUGCCGCUUUAGUAUUGUCUCCCUCUCACAGCUCAUUUCCUGAAGAAACUGCAAGCAGUACCAUAAAUACGCUUGGAGCUAUGGGUAACAUACUUCAAAGAGGAAACCCAAUUAGUAAAAAGCAGGAAGGUUACACAAACACAGAUGAUUUCAAAAUAAAUUUACCAGAAGGAUUCAAGCCUUUACAGCCUUUAGAAGAGUUGGAGAAGCUUAAUAUUUUCCUAGCUAAAGGGUUGCAUGCCCAAAUUCAGAAUACAUUGGAUGUAGACAGGAGAGCACUAGGUACUUCAUCAAAAGCACCCUUGUCUUUUACAGACCUAUUUCACAGAGACAUGCAAGCCCUUGGUGUUUUCAUAGCAGAAAUAUUUUAUUCAUCAAAACUCCAAUGUUUAAAGCCAGGCACAUCUUUGAAAGGCCGUUAUCGAGCAGUUAUGAAAUUUUGCUCUGCCAGUCUCAAGGAUGUCCCACUACCAUUCCACCAUGCACUUGAGAGCCUUCUGCAGAUUCACAAGUACACAUCUGAGACCGAAUCUUUGAACUUGCACUAUGCUGGCCUACCAUUUCUUUUCAAAUAUGAGCCAGUUUAUGAGGGCCUUCCACCACCAAAUCCUUGGCAACUACUUAGUCCUGUGUUAUCUCCAUUACCUUUCCCUGAAUAUUUCCCAGCACUUCAUCACUUCAUUUUCUCUUACCAUUCCAAGAUGGCAUCCAUCAACAGUGUUCAAGGUCGGGAUAUUGUGUUUAGCUUAUGGCAACAGCUGCAGUCUCUUCUACAGGAUGAUAUCACAGGAGAGGGACUGGAGAUUCUGUUACCUUUUGUGCUUGCUUUAAUGACAGAAGAAUCUACAGCUGUUUAUGCUGCCUGGUACUUAUUUGAACCAGUCUCCCGUGUCCUAGGGCCACGCAAUUCUUCAAAGUAUUUGAUAAAGCCACUGAUAGGUGUAUAUGAAAACCCCCAUUGCCUCCGUGGUCGUUUCUACCUCUACACAGACUGUUUUGUACUACAACUAAUAGUGAGGCUUGGCUUGCGAGCUUUUUUGUCUAGCCUUCUACCUCAUCUGCUCCAAGUUAUCACUGGUUUUGAGAGUUGUCACACAGGGGCAGGAAGUGAAUGGGAUGGGCUUAAAGCCUUAAGGAGUGGUAUGGGUGGCUUAGGAGAAGAGGAGGAAGACUUUGAAUGUGUGAAUGGCAGGCCAUCAUCAGCUUCCUCAGCUGGCAAAGUGGGAGGAGGCAAUAGUGGUGGUAGUGGAGGUGUCGGGGUUGGAGACCCAGGGCUUGUGGACUACUCAUCAGGCAUCAGUCUGAAUGACCAGGUCUUUAUUGCUGAUGGUGAGGACUUUCAGAAUGGCUUUUAUGUCAAUAAUGGUUCAUCUGUACCAACAGCUGGGGUAUCUGCUAAACUUCAAGGCAAGAAUUCUGCAAAUAAAGAACAAGACCAGGAAUCUCUAAGCGUGGGUAAACUAAGUGACAAGAGUAGUACUAGUGAGGUAUCAAUUGGAGAUGGAGACUCCACCAAGGAUCGUGCGAGUUUAAAGUCUGCUGAUAGCAGUCAGGACUUAAAGCAUACCAGUGAUGGGGAAGAUCAAGGUGAUCUGGAGGACGAAGAUGCAACCGUAGAGGAGAAAGAAAGCACAAUACAGAAAGUUCCUAGUCUUGAAAUGACAUUAUCUGGGUGCACAGAGGAGUCUGAAGCCACAGUGGGUACUCUAGAGGGUGACUUCAUGAAUGGAAUGGUUCAAGAAGAGAGUGACAAAAAUAUAGGGGAAGACGACGACGAUGAUGAACAUGACCCUUCAGAGAACUCUGAGGAGAAAGAACACAAGAUAUUAUUAGACACUGUCUGCAAGACCGUAAGAUGGCUGUCUGCUAAAUUGGGGCCCACAGUAACCUCUCGAUACGUAGCUAAAAACCUUCUGCGUCUUCUUACUACCUGCUAUAUAGGACAGGAGAAGCACCACUUUUUGCUAUCUGCAAAUGAAGAGAGUAGCCUUGACUGUGUGGGAAGUGUAUAUGAAAAGAAACCAAUUGUCGGUGACCAGACUUCAAAGCCAGUUCUUGAUUGUCUCAUCUACAUAGCCCAUCUGUAUGGAGAGCCUGUUCUAACCUAUCAAUACCUACCAUACAUUGGUUACCUGGUGUCUCCCCCUUCUUCCUGCCGCCUGAAUACUCGUAAGGAGGCAGGCCUUCUAGGUGCAGUUGUGCUGACUCAGAAGAUUAUAGUUUAUCUGUCAGACACCACUUUAAUGGACAUGCUGAUGAAGAUCAAUCAGGAUGUACUUCUGCCCCUGCUCGACCUGCUCACCUCACCCAAAAUGGGUUUUCCCAGUGGGGUACAGUCACGGUCUGCUCUGUGUUUGAAGACUCUCAGUCUGAUGGCACUGAUAUGGCUGCGAAUUGGCCGAGAGAUGGUGCAACAGCACAUGGCAGACACACUCUACAAGUUUUUUCAUGUCUUUUCCUUGCUGGACUGUCUGCAGAACCAGAUGGAGACGGGACCUCGAAAAGAGGUUGGAGAGUACACAUACAUUGAUAUCUGCACUCCAGGGGGAACAGAGGUUGCCUGUGAACUGGGGGUUCUGGAAGAACUUCAGGCCGUUUUCAACCCAGAGAUGGCGUAUAACGCCUGUAUCCCUUUGCAGUGUCUGAUUGGUGACACUAUUAUUCGCAAAGUAGUUCCUAACAUUGAAUUGGUUUGGGGACUGGCUAUGACUCACUAUAACAAAUUGAGUCUAGGAAGCCCAGAAUCAAACCUAGCUGGCAGUCAAAGAGCAGAGGUGCCGAUUUCUUUCAAGAGCUUCUCUCCAAGCUUAAGCCACCAGUUUGGUUCUAGCCCUUUCCCAGCCCCCUCAUCCACUUCAACUCCUCUUAGUGUGGAUACCCUUCCUGAGUCUGGAACGUUUGGCAGUCACUUGGUAGGAAAUCGCAUCCAAGUAGCACGGGACACUGAGCCAAGCGGAAGUCCGAGUCAGUCCUCUUUUGAUAUCUGGGGACGGUCUCAUAUGAGCUAUAUUCCAUCAACAAACCUUGUCAACUCCAUGUUUGCCUCGGUAUCGGUGGGACCAGUUUCCUCACUUUCUUCAUCCUCUUGGGUUCUGGGUCGCACUCCAGAGGACAGUGCACUGAAGCAGGAACUUCCACGCAGUAGUCGUUCUCUGCAGGGCAAUUGGCUGGCAUACUGGCAAUAUGAGAUUGGCUUUAACCAGCAGGACCCACGGUUCCAUUUUCACCAGAUCCGCCUGCAGAGCUUUUUGGGCCACUCGGGCACAGUUAAGUGUCUAGCUCCAGUAGCUGGGGAAGACUACUUUAUUUCUGGAAGCAAAGACAAAACCGUGAAAAUCUGGCCACUGUAUAAUCAUGGUGAUGGCACUCGUGAGGUGGAGCCUAAGCUGACAUACACAGAGCAUCGCAAGUCGGUGUUCUAUGUUGCACAAAUAGAGGCGUUACAAGAAGUGGUGAGCUGUGAUGGCUCUGUGCACAUUUGGGACCAGUUCACAGGCAAGCAAAUUCGGUCUUAUGAUGCACUUGAUGGAAAGAAUCCCAUCACCGCCGUCACCACUAUGCCACCUCCUCAUUGCAGCGUGGUGUAUGCCAGUGCUGACUCUAUCCUUCGUUUUAUAGACCCACGCAAGCCUGGCUAUCAGCAUGAGUUUCGUCUGGCUCAUAACAACCUGAGUGCGGGUCUAAUCCGUUGCUUGGCUGUGAGCCCCGGAGGAAGAACAGUGGCAGCCGGCUUCUCCUCAGGCUUCAUAGUGUUGCUGGAUGCACGGACAGGGCUGGUGUUGCGAGGAUGGCCUGCUCAUGAGGGAGAUAUACUGCAGAUGAAGGCAGCAGAUGGGAAUUUACUGAUUAGUUCCUCCACUGAUCACACUUUGACAGUGUGGAAAGAUCUGGAGCACAAGCCUCUUCAUCUGUAUAGGACUCCAUCUGAUCCCAUCCAUGCCUUUGACCUCUAUGGUGCUGAGAUUGUUGCAGGAACUGUAGCCAACAAGAUAGGUGUGUACUCCAUGAUGGACAUCUCUGCCAGCCCAGCUAGUUACACCAAACUUAGCUCUGAGAACUUCCGUGGGACUCUCACCAGCCUGGCAGUGCUGCCCACUAAACGACUGUUGCUGUUGGGUUCUGAGAACGGCGCCAUCAGGUUGCUGGCUUAAAAUAACAUGUAAUACUUCAGCACAAGCAGCCUUGAUGUUCAGUGUCUCUUUUAUAUAUUUGGUCUUUGCACCAAUGCUGGCUCGUCCUCAAAAUGAAAAAACAAAAACAAAGACGAUGUUCAUCUGAUGCCCUUUUCAGCUUAUAGUGGGGAGCUUCUAUGACUGAUUUAAGUUAUUUAAGAAUGUCUUAUCACCUUAGACUAAGGUUUUACUGAACAUUCAAAGUCUUAACACAAUCAAAAACAUAUGAUCAGCUUCACAAACAGUUUAUACAAUUUUAUACAAUUUAUCUAUGGGGUUUGUGACCAGUUGAUGUUUAUGUACAAGAAAUAAAUGGAUCUAAUUUCUUAUCCUGGAAAAAGACGAACUGUCUCUUUAGAUGAGCGGAUAAGAAUUGCUGCUCAGGAAUGUUCAGUCAGUCAGGGUUCUACAGUAGUGUUUACACUUUCAAAAUAGGUGUAGAAAUUCACCAAAAAAACCCCACUGUGUGAAUCACAGAUCAAACUUUGUCAAUGUGAUAAUGUCACCAUGCACCUGAGGCAUUGAACUACUAUGCAGUAUUUGUUGGUUUUUAUUGGUGUUCUAUGUUGUCCAAUGUUCUCUAAGUACCUUUAAUCAUGAACAAUUAAUGGUAUAAAAGGUAUUUCCAGAAUGCCAUAUCCAUCACUGCAUAUUGAUGUCAUAUAUGCAGUCAGUUAAAAGAUUUAUUUUCUUUGGAGGAACUCUAUAUAUAUGCACACACACAGUAAAUGAGGAAAUAUCUAGUCUUCGAUUAUCUAUGAGGAGGGGUUGAGUAAUAGGUCAAUAAUCCCAUAUUAAAUGGGAUUUACAUUUUAGGCUAACAGUGAAUUCUUACAUGGUUUGGAUCAUUACACAGAAUAAUCAGUCCUCAUAAUUCUAUUAAUACUUUCUCUUCUGUAUACCUGUAGUAAUAUUUUUAUUCCUUAUAUACAGUAUACAUGUGUAUCCUAAAAACUAACCACUUAUUAUAGGAAUAUAAAAUGUAUGCACAUGGUAGUCUUUUAUUUGACAUUCCAAUAGGCACUAAUGAAGUUCUGAGUUUGUAAAAUUUGCUAAGUAAACCAUGGUGUUACAUACACAAAACUCUACACUGCGUUGUGAUUAGAAAACAGCACACAAAAUAGACACCAAGCUAUUCCUGAUCAAAAAUCUGGUCAUGCGUAUGCUUUAGUAUUGAAUUCAGGUUACAGUUUCUAAUUUGAGAUCCAUCACUUGCAAUAAACUCUACCUGUUUGAUACGACAUAUUGAAUUUCCCAGAAGUUUGGGAAUUCUUUAGUGCGACAAAUAGAACAAGCUAUUCUUUGUCCAAGUCUCUCACACUGAUCAUCUCUCAAACUUCAUGUCUUCAAGACAUUUUUGUAAGUCUCACUGCAAUAUAUGAAAUUGUGUAA